UUCCCCGCCGCGCGCUGAAGUUAACGCUCCCCUGAAGGGAUGAAAACUCUCCUGUCAUCUUCGGCAGCGGGAAAAGCUUCACACGAUGACUUCAGACCUGUUGCUGCUUCGCCAAAUGUCCUCGAUCUGACCAUGGUUACCUGCUUCAACACCUCCGGCUCCAACGGCACGACCGUCAGCCCGGCGGAGGCUCCGUUUCCCGGAUACACGAUGGUCAUUCUGGCGAUACUGAUGGCAACUCUGGUGGUCGUGGUGGUGGUGGGAAACGCGCUGGUUAUUCUCGCUUUUGUCGUGGAUAAGAGCCUCAGAAACCAGUGCAAUUACUUCUUCCUUAAUUUGGCCAUCUCAGACUUCCUUGUUGGAGCUUUCUGCAUCCCGCUCUAUAUGCCCUACAUUUUGACGGGCAGAUGGAUGCUGGGUCGGGGACUCUGCAAGCUGUGGCUGGUGAUGGACUACUUGUUGUGCACGGCGUCUGUCUUCAAUAUUGUCUUAAUCAGCUAUGAUCGAUUCCUGUCUGUAACCAGAGCUGUGCGGUACCGAGCCCAGCAGGGCGUCACACGUCUGGCAGUCCUCAAGAUGUUGGCAGUCUGGGUUUCGGCAUUCCUCCUCUAUGGCCCGGCGAUAAUCUUCUGGGAGCUGCUGGUGGGAGAAAGUAUCGUUCCCGAGGAUGAGUGUUUUGCUGAGUUUUACUGCACGUGGUACUUUCUGCUCUCGGCGUCCACCUUCGAGUUCUUCUCUCCAUUCAUCUCUGUGGCCUUCUUCAACUUCAGCAUCUAUCUCAACAUCCAGCGCAGAAACCGCAGUCGGAUGGCGCAUGUGGAAGCGGAAAAAGAGGACGGAUGGAGGGUUAUCGACGGACAAACUUCGUCAGUGUUUUUCGUUAAAACACGUAAAGUGUCGUCGAGUGAACCGGCGGCGGUUUCAGCCGUAAUCGAAGACGAUGAAGAAGUUUCGCCAUCAUCUAGUGGUGAUCCCAGCAGCACACAUUCAGUUUCUUUAACAAUGAAGGCUACGAUUAAAAAACGAGGGAUGUUCGGGGGAUGGGUUCGGACACGGAUUAUUCGAGCGCAGGAAGUGGCGAAUCCUUGCGCGCCUUGCCGAAGCGGCGGACACGCGCGUCUUUCUAGAGAUAAGAAGAUUGCAAAGUCUUUGGCGGUCAUCGUGUGUGUUUUUGGGGUGUGUUGGGCGCCGUACACACUGCUGAUGAUCAUACGGGCAGCCUGCAGUGGUAGCUGUGUGGAGCAUCAUUGGUACGAAGUCACAUUUUGGCUUCUUUGGCUUAAUUCGGCCAUCAAUCCCUUCCUCUAUCCACUGUGCCACAGCAGCUUCCGGCGAGCGUUUGCUAAGAUUUUGUGCCCGAAGCGACAGUCUGUUCGACCACACGAGGAAAGCCCUUCAUGCCCAUGACAAUCUGACAGGGAUUUCAAUGCUGGAUGUUGAAGGAAAAUGCGAAACGUUGACGCACAA